UCCACGUGGUCAAUUAAGAAGUGAUCACGUGGUCUCUGGAGUCAAAAGAAAUAAUUAUUAAUAUUAUUUUGUAAAUAAAUGUCAAAAACUGUGAUGAAAUUUUUUAAUAAUUUUACUAUUAUUAUUAUUAAUAUAAUAGCCAAUUCAUUUUAAUAUUUAGUUUUAAAAAUAAAAACAUAAAAGCUCUGUAAAGCUGUUUAAAUAGGUAAACAUCAAGAAAAUAGACAGGCCAAGGCAGACAGACAUAGUUAAACUUUUGAGUAAAGUUUAUAUCAAUUUGGGAUAUUAUUAUUAAAAAUAAUAAUUGUUAAUAAAUAAAAUAUAAAAAUGCCAUGCUGGUAUUAUGACAAAAAUGAGUUGAGACAUACACCAUCAAUACAAGAUGGAAUUGAUUAUAAUACUGAGUGGAGAUACAGAAAUGAAGGUGCCAGAUUUAUCAUUGACAUUGGAUCAAAAAUGAAUCUUGGUUAUAAUACAAAAGCAACUGGAGUUGUAUAUUUUCAUCGUUUUUAUAUGUUUUAUUCAUUUCAACAGUUUCCUCGUCAUGUAACAGCUUGUGUUUGUUUAUUUCUUGCUGGUAAAGUUGAAGAAACUCCUAAAAAAUGUAGAGACAUAAUUAAAAUAGCCAGAAGUCAAUUGACUGAUGAAGAAUUUGCAUUAUUUGGUGAAGAUCCAAAAGAAGAACUUAUGACACUAGAAAGAAUUUUACUUCAAACAAUGAAAUUUGAUCUACAAGUUGAACAUCCUUACAGUUAUUUAUUAGAUUAUGCCAAAUGUUUAAAAGGUGAUAAAAAUAAAUUACAAAAAAUAGUUCAAAUGGCUUGGAUAUUUGCCAAUGACAGUUUAUGUACAACAUUGUGUUUACAAUGGGAACCAGAAAUAAUUGCUGUUGCAUUACUUUAUCUUGCUGGUAAAUUAAGUAAAUUUGAAGUUGUUGAUUGGAAUGGAAAACAACCACAACAUUUACGUUGGUGGGAUAUGUUUGUUGAGGAUUUAACAAUGGAUUUACUUGAGGAUAUAUGUCAUCAAGUAUUAGAUUAUUAUUUACAAGUUAAUCAAACAAAACAACCAGAUUCACCACCAUUAAAACCAGUAAGUCAACAAGCAUCACGAGAAAAUCAAACUCCAUCAAUAGCACCUAUUGAUUCACCAUCAAAUCCUCCAAAUGUUUUAACACCAAGUAAAAUACCAAAAAAUGAUUCAACAAUAGUAUCAUCAAAUGGCUAUCAACAACCAGAUCAAUUGGAACCAUCAAUAUCACAAUCGCAUUUUCCAAAUUAUCAACAAAAUUUUCAAAAUGCACCUGGUGUUUAUCCAACAGGAUUUCCACCAACAAAUAUAUCAGUACCACCACCAUCAGUUAAUACAAUGCGUAUGGGUUCAGUACCACAUAUAGGGGCACCACCACCACCACCACCACCACCAGCACAAUUUGUACCUUAUGAAUAUCAAUCAAAUCCAACAUAUUUCAUGCAACCUGGUAAUCCAAUGCCACCACCACCACCAGGAAACUUCACACGUGCUUAUUAUAAAAAAAAGACAUUAUGAAAUUUAUACAAAACCAUUAACAUUUAUUUUUAUGAUAAAAAACAUUUAUUAUAAUUUGUUUAUAAAACAUUUAAUAAUAAUUUUUAAUUCUUGCUUUUAAUCUACUUAUCAUGUGAUGUAUGAUUUUUUAAAACUUGCUUUUUAUAUUUUGCGGUUUAUUGAAAUAAAAACUGUUGAAUAAAAUA